CUGCGAGGCCCUGGGUGCCCGGUUGGCUGGGUGUGAGUACCAGCAGGGACUCCACCAUGGCCUUCCCGCUCCGGCUGCUCCUCCUGUUCUCCCUGCUUCCAUCAGGCCAGGCCUCGUGGGGUGUCUCCAGCCCCAGGACUGUGCAGGGCGUGCGGGGAUCUUGCCUGCUCAUCCCCUGUAUCUUCAGCUUCCCGGACAGCGUGCAGGUGACCGACCAAGGCAUCACCGCCAUUUGGUACUAUGAUUACUCGGGCAGCCGGCAGGUGGUGACCCACUCCGCAGACCCCAAGCUAGUGGAGGCGCGCUUCCAAGGACGUGCCCAGCUGCUGGGCAACACAAAGCACUACACGUGCAACCUACUGCUUCGGGACCUGAAGCCCGAGGACUCGGGCACCUACAACUUCCGCUUCGAGAUCAGCGAGGGCAACCGCUGGUCAGAUAGCCAAGGGACCUCAGUCACUGUCACAGAGGAACCUGUGGUGCCCACCAUCAGCUUCCCUACAGAGCUUCGUGAGGGCAUGGCCGUGGACUUGAACUGCUCCACGCCCUAUGCAUGCCUAGAAGGGCAGAUCAGCCUGCAGUGGCAGGGCCAGGACCCCAGCCGCUCUGUCACAUCCAAUCACCUGAGCCUUGAGCCCACUGGUAUCAGUCACCUGCAGACCCUCCACAUGGCACUGACCUGGGAGGACCACGACCGUGCCCUGCACUGCCAGCUCUCAGUGGCCAACCGCAAGGUGCAAGCAGAGACCCGCCUCCACGUUCAGUGUAAGUAUGCCCCCAAGGGUGUACAGGUACUCCUCAGCCCCUCGGACCGCAACAUCCUCCCAGGGGACCUGGUCACUCUCACCUGUCUGGUGAACGCCAGCUACCCGGAGGUGAACUUUGUGCAGUGGACCAAGGACGGGUUGCACCUGGAGGCCAAGAGUCGUGUGCUGCAGCUGUCCCAGGUGGCCUGGAGUGAUGCUGGCGUGUACACCUGCCAUGCUGGGAACCGGGUGGGCUCUUCCAUCUCCCCUCCUCUCAGCCUGCACGUAUUCAUGGCUGAGGUCCAGGUGAACCCGGCCGGCCCAUUUCUGGAGACGCAGGCGGUGACCUUGCUGUGCAACACCCCGCCGGAGGGCCCCAGCGAGCUCCACUACAGCUGGUACAAGAACCAGGUGCUGCUGCAGGGCGCCCACGCCCGCGCGCUGCUGCUGCCCUCGGCCAGCAGGGCCGAUACCGGCUUCUACGCCUGUGAGGUGCAGAACGCCCAGGGCCGUGAGCGCUCCGGCCCCGUCAGCGUCGUGGUCAACCACGCACCCCUCGUCCCGGAGCUUACGGCUUUCCUGGAGACGCAGACGGGCCUCAUGGGCAUCCUGCACUGCUCCGUGGUCAGCGAGCCCCUGGCCACUCUGACGCUGUCUCAUAAGGGCCUGAUCCUGGCUUCCUCCACUGGGGAGAAUGACCCCGGGCCCCGCUUCAGCAUCUCCUUGGCCCCCAAUGCCCUGCACCUGGAGAUCCGAAACCUGGAGCCAGCCGACGAUGGGGAGUACCAGUGUACAGCCACCAACUCCCUUGGAAAUUCCACCACUACGCUGGACUUCCAUGCUAAUGUGGCCCGCCUCCUUAUCAGCCCUGCGACCCAGGUGGUGGAAGGGCAGGUGGUGACUCUGAGCUGUAGCAGUGGCCUGGUACCCACGUCUGACACCCGCUUCUCCUGGUACCGGAAUGGGGUCCUGUUCCUCGAGGGGCCCAGCAGCAGCCUCCUGCUGCCCGCUGUCUCCAGCUCCGACGCCGGCUCCUACUACUGCCGGGCCCAGGGCAGCCUCAGCGCCAGCGGCCCCUCUUCGCCUGCCAUCCUCACCGUGCUCCACCCACCCCGUCGGCCCGCGUUCACUGCCCACCUGGACCCCGAGGCUGCUGAAGCGGGCGCUGGGCAGCGAGGCCUCCUGUCGUGCCAGGUGGACAGCGACCCCCCUGCCCAGCUGCGGCUGCUGCACGAGACCCGCGUGGUGGCCACCUCCCUGCCGCCAGGGGGCAGCUGUGCCACCUGCUCCCCGCGAGUGAAAGUCACCUCGGCCCCCAACUCGCUGCGCGUGGAGAUUCGCGAGCCAGUGCUGGAGGACGAGGGGGAGUACGUGUGUGAGGCCAACAACACCCUGGGCAGCGCCUCUGCCUCCGUCUCCUUCAACGCCCAGGCCACCGUCGUGGUCAUCAGACCAUCCGAGACGCCGCGGGAAGGAGUCGAGGUGACCCUAAAGUGUGUUGUGAGUCGAGAGGCAGCCGGCAGCCCUGCCAACUUCUCCUGGCUGCGGAAUGAGGAGCCGUGGACACAGGGUCCCCUGGAGACGAUGACACUGCUGCCGGUGGCGCGGACGGACUCUGGCCGCUAUGCCUGCCGCGUCCUCACCGAGGCUCACACCCUCCUGUCAGCUCCUGCAGUCCUGACUGUCCUCUACCCCCCAGACCCUCCAAAGCUGUCAGCCCUCCUGGAUGUGGCCCAGGGCCACAUGGCCGUGUUUGCCUGUACCGUGGACAGUUGGCCCCUGGCCCACCUGGCCCUGUUCCGUGGAGAGCUCCUCCUGGCCAGCAGUCGAGGGCACCAGCUCCCAUCCCACGGCCGGCUCCGGGCUAAGGCCACGGCCAACUCCUUGCAGCUGGAGCUCCGGGAACUGGACCUUGGGGACUCGGGCAACUAUCGCUGCGAGGCCACCAACACUCUCGGGUCAGCCAACGCCUCCCUCUUCUUCCAGGUGCGAGGGGCCUGGGUCCAGGUGACCCCGUCGCCUGAGCUCCAGGAGGGCCAGGCUGUGGUCCUGAGCUGCCACUUGCCCACGGGGACUGCUGAAGGAAGCUCGUACCGCUGGUAUCGGGACGGCCAGCCCUUGGAAGGCGCGAACUCUGCCACGCUCCGCUUGGCGGCCAUCACUCUGAAACAAGCUGGAGCUUACCAUUGCCAAGCACAGGCGCCGGGCACGGCCACCGCGAGCUUGGCUGCCCCCGUUGUCCUCCACGUGUCCUAUGCUCCCCGCCAGGCCACUCUCACUGCCCUGCUGGAUACAGGCCCCGGGCGCCUGGGCCUCCUCCUGUGCCGUGUGGAGAGUGAUCCCCCAGCCCAGCUGCGACUGCUGCACGGGGACAGCCUGGUGGCCUCCACGAACCAGGGCACAGGCGAGCUUGCAAGCAGCUCUCCCCGGCUGCAGGUGGUCGUGGCCCCCAACAUGCUGCGCCUAGAGAUCCACGGGGCUGGCCUGGAGGACGAGGGCACCUACACUUGUGAGGCUACCAGUGUGCUGGGCCAGGCCUCUGCCUCGACUGACUUCGACGCGCAGGCUGUGAGCGUGCAGGUGUGGCCCACAGCCAGCGUGCAGGAGGGGCAGCAGGUGAACUUGACCUGCCUUGUGUGGACCUCCGACCUGGCCCCACUCACCUAUACGUGGUACCGGGAUAGCCAGCAGCAUCCAGGAGGCCGCUCCAUCCUCCUGCCCAAUGCCACCGCCAGUGACGCUGCUUCCUACCACUGCAGUGUGGAGUCUCAUGGCAGACCACCUCGCCUCUCCAGGCCUGUCACCUUGGAGGUCCUCUAUGGUCCCCGCAACCAGCGCCUCACCUACCUCCUGGAAAGGCACGGCGGGCGGCUGGUGCUGAUCCUGUGCACCGUGGACAGCCACCCGCCUGCCCAACUGGCCAUCAGCCAUGCCGGCCACCUCCUGGCCUCCUCCACUGAAGCCUCGAGCCCCAACAGCCUACGCCUCGAGCUGCGGGAGCCCCGGCCCAGCAAUGAGGGUCUCUACGUCUGCUCGGCCCACAACCCCCUGGGCCGGGCCAACACUUCCCUGGAGCUGCGGCUAGAGGGUGUGCGGGUGACACUGGUCCCAUCGGCCACUGUGCCCGAGGGGGCCACAGUCACGGUGACCUGUGAGGACCCCGCUGCCCAGCUGCCUGCCCUCUUCGUCUGGUACUACAAUGGCCGUUGGCUGCAGGAGGGUCCGACUGCCUCGCUAGUUUUCCCAGAGGCCAAACAGGCUCACGCAGGGGCCUACUCGUGUCAGGUCCAGGAUGCGCAGGGCACACGCAGCUCACGGCCUGCUGCCUUGCAAGUUCUCUAUGCCCCCCGGAAUGCUGUGCUGUCCACCUCCUGGGACUCCAGGACCACUCUUGUGGCUGUGCUGCAGUGCACCGUGGACAGCGAGCCACCUGCUGAGCUGACGCUGUUCUUGGAUGGCGAGGUGCUAGCCACAAGCCAUGGGGCCAAUGGCUCAGCCACGGGGCUGGGCCGUGUCCAGGUGGCCCGCAAUGCCCUGUGGCUACACGUGCAAAAUACAACUGCAGGUGAUGGUGGCACCUACGUCUGCACAGCCCGCAACCUGCUGGGCUCAGCCAGCACCACUGGGCAGCUGCAGGCGUCGGGUGGCCAUGUGGUGGCCAACCCAGGCCUGGACGUGCCUGAGGGCGCGGCGCUGAAUCUGAGCUGCCACUUCCCUGGUGGCCCUGGGCCUGUGGACAACUCCACCGUCACAUGGUUCUGGAAUGGCCGGCCACUGCACAUGGAGCCGCUGCCCACUCUCACCUUCAGCCACGUGGCCCGGGCUCAGGCUGGUCUGUACCACUGCCGGGCCGAGUUCCCCACAGGAUCCACCACUGCUGCUCCAGUCCUUCUGCGUGUGCUCUACCCACCCACCAUGCCCACCCUGACCAGCUUCCUGGAACCUGAGGGUGGCCUCCAGGGCAUCCUGGACUGCCAAGUGGACAGCGAGCCCGCCGCCAGCCUGACGCUCCACCUUGGCAGCCAACUAGUGGCCUCUAGCCAGCUGCGAGGUGACCCUGGCCAGGGACGUAUCCGAGUCUCGGCCUGGCCCAAUGCCCUGCGGGUGCAGGUGGAGGAGCUGCAGCCGGGUGACCAGGGGGAGUACGUGUGUGCCGCCUCCAACAUCCUGGGCUCCAGCUCUGCCUCCGCCUACUUCGGGACUCGAGCCCUGCAUCGCCUGCACUUGUUCCAGCAGCUUCUCUGGGGCCUGGGACUGGUGGCGAGCCUCUUUGGCCUGCUGUUGGGCCUUGGGGCCUGCCUCGCCUGGAGAAAUGGCUGGGGAGGAAGAAAGACCAAAUGCCCUACUGUCCCCAGGCCUCCCCUGCCGUGUACAAAGGAGGCACGCUCAUCAGCUGAGGAGGAGCAAGAACUUAGUGGAGAUGGCAUCUCAGAAAGACAGCACACAGCUUUGUGAUCCGGAUGCGUUGGCUGGUGAUGGGACCACCUUGGACAGUGCUCCACUCCUGGACUGAGCAGAGAGGCCCUGCCCAUCCUCGGGAGGAGGAUGUCGCCGGCCCAUGUGCCCAUUCAGACCCGCCUACCUCUGUGGAAACAGCGCUGUGGUUUCUGCCUCACUGGCACCCGGCACCUGACUCUGAGCCUCUACCCCCCCUGGAAGAAAGUGGGUCAGAAGCCCCGAUCUCCCAGGGGAUGUCACUGAGGCUGGGGAGGGGGGCUUCUGAAGAGAAACGGCCCCCCCACCCAUGUGGCCUGUUCUCCCCCACCCCAGCACAUCUGUCCCUCCCUGGAAGUCUGAGCCAGCCCUCCCUCUGCUCUGGACACAAGCUAGUAUUGCUCUAGCCUGAGACCCAAUACAGUGCCUGUCCCAUGGUGGGGUCUCUGGUGUUCUCUGCCACCAAGCCCGGCCUGUGACGGUGGUGG